AUGAACUUGAGUGUGGUGUUUUACAUUCCAAACAUGAUUGACUAUUUCAGGAUAAUACUCUUAAUAGUCUCGGUAUUCUUCAAAGGGAGAAGCUUUGCAUUGCUGUAUAUAACUAGCAUCUCCUUGGAUUACUUUGAUGGAUAUGCUGCAAGGAGGUUCGGACAAAUUAGUUUAUUGGGGGGAGCCUUGGAUAUGAUCAUUGACAGGGUCUCAACAAUGGUCAUAUUAUCAAAGAUAUCCCAGGAAAAACCAAGCUACUCACCGUGGUGCAUUCUCUACUCCAUUAUUGAUUUUAUGUCUCAUUUCAUAUUCUUUUUAAUGUCAGCCUACACUGGCACUCAUCACAAAAAGUUUUCUGACAAUAUCUUCCUCUCUCUUUACUACAGGAAGGGUUUCUUGUACUUUAUCUGUCUGGGCUCUGAGCUUUGUUUCAUUCUGACAUACUUGUCAAGAUCUAAGAAACGAGUGUUUGAUGCCCAGAAAUCAAUCCUUAGCUUUCUGCAACUGGUUGCAGCCACGAAGACAUUCUUCCACAUUGUCCAUUUUGUAGUUGGCAUUUUAUUUAUGAGUUCUAUUGAAAGCGAUUACGCUCGGUUUAAUAAAUCCUCGUAA